UUUCUCUACAUGUUAUUUACUCUAUGUUCUUCUAGUAAGGCAUUUUAUUUUAUUAUUUACAUUAGUACAUAAUUAUAAUAAUUACUUCUUGUAUUUAUUAAAGAAGUUUAAUUCUCAGUAUAAAAUAGUCCUACUUGAGUUUUGUUAACAAAAUGGGAGACAAAUCGACUCCAUUAUUAGCUGUACUACAACUACUUCGUAAAUAUAAUCUAAAGGGCACUGAAGAAAUCCUUAGAAAAGAAGCCAGUUUAGGUGAUGCAGAGUAUGAAAAUUUGGACUUGCCAGAAGUAGAAUUAGCUAGUAUAUUGACAGCACAUCAUACUGAAAGUGACCCAUACAGUUAUGAAUUUGCAUAUGAAAGUUUAAAAAAAUUUAUUGAAAACUCUUUAGAUAUUUAUAAGUAUGAGUUGUCUACACUCCUGUAUCCCAUAUUUGUUCACAUGUAUAUGGUAUUGAUUCUCUAUGAACACACCACACAUGCUGCAAAUUUUUUAGAGAAGUUUGGCCCAGAACAAGAGGACUAUUAUCAGGAAGAUCUGAAGAAAUUCUCCAUAGUAAAAAAUAAAGAUCAAAUAAAGGGCAAUGAAUUAGCAGAAAUAUAUAGUUCAAACAAAUUUGUAGUGCAAUUAUCUCGAGAUGCAUCAUCUCAGCUCAAACGAUUCUUACAUGAACAAAAAACAACUGUAAUUAUUAACAUCAUAAAUAAUCACAUACAAAUUGAAGUACAUGAUGGGCCUGGGAGAUCUCUGGCGCAAAUCCGUGCUACUGCAGGAGGAAUGCUCGGAGAAGCUACUAGAAAUGAAAAUCGUACCAAAGUCUAUUAUGGUUUACUAAAAGAACCUGAUAUACAACUUCCUCCGGUUCCUGUCGAAGAUGAAGAGGAAACUGAGGAAACACCUGACAAACCAAAAAAGAAGAAGGCUAAAAAGGAUAAUAUCUUUAUGAAGAAACCAAAAUCUGAUCCCAAUGCUCCACCUAGUGACAGAAUCCCACUGCCUGAAAUGAAAGAGACUGAUAAAUUAGAAAAAGGAAAAGCACUGAGGGAAGCAUCAAAACGUGUCCAUUUGGGCCCUGAUAGUCUGCCAUCCAUUUGUUUCUACACAUUACUUAACAGUGGCCAUACAGCGAUAUGUGCGGACAUUUGCGAUGACUCAACUUUGCUCGCAGUUGGAUUUAAUAAUUCUACAAUAAAGGUUUGGACUCUGACACCGGUAAAACUACGCGGUAUGAAAUCUGCUGAAAAAUUGCAAGAUAUUGACAGAGAAGCAGGUGACGUCCUCGUAAGAAUGAUGGAAGAAAAAGACAGAGACACAUGUCGUACACUCUUUGGACAUUCCGGACCUGUCUACAAAGUCGCAUUCGAUCCUUUUAAAAAUCUGUUACUUUCGUGUUCGGAAGAUUCGACAGUCCGCUUGUGGUCGCUGCAAUGCUGGACAUGCUUGGUGGUAUACCGCGGGCACGUGUGGCCUGUAUGGGCGGUCCGUUGGUCACCACACGGACACUAUUUCGCAUCAGCUGGACACGACCGCGCCGCGCGUCUCUGGGCCACCGAUCACCAUCAGCCUCUCAGAAUAUUCGCUGGUCACCUUUCUGACGUUGACUGUGUUCAAUUUCACCCUAAUUCGAAUUAUAUUGCAACGGGCUCCAGUGACAGAACUAUACGCGUCUGGGAUUGUUUGACCGGAACUCAAGUUCGAAUUAUGACAGGGCAUAAGUCUCCAAUAUUUGUUUUGUCAUUUUCCGUCUGUGGAAGAUGGCUGGCGUCUGGGGGUGGUGGCGGUGAACUGAUGAUUUGGGAUAUUUCGACCGGAUUGCCAGCUGCAACGUUGCCGCCCGCGCACACAGCACCUAUUCACGCAUUGGCUUUCAGUCGCGAUGGAACUAUUUUAUCAACUGGAUCUUUGGAUUGCAGUAUUAAACUAUGGGACUUCACCGCUAUAACUGAAGAAGUAUCUGGAGAAGAAAUAGGAAACAACAGUACUGUACAAAAAGAUGAUAGGUUCUUGCUACGUUCCUUUCCAACUAAAAACUCACCCAUAAAAGACUUACAUUUUACACGUCGUAAUCUCCUAUUAGGCGUAGGUUCAUAUGAAGGAAGUUCAUAAAUAACAUUUAUUCUCGCGUUAUUCAUGCCAACAUUGGGGUCGCUUCUGAGGUGCCAUAUCUCUAACGUUAAAAUUUCAAUUUAAUAUCACAGCGAUUUCUUUACUGUAAGGACCAAUAUGAACUAAUUUUUUAAUAUAUUUAAAUCAAAACUAGUAUAAUUUUAGGGUAAGAGAUAAAUAUAAAGAAAUGGCAACUGAGUAUCGGCCCUAUUAUCAACAAUAUAUAAGUGUAAUGGUAAUAAAUAAAUAACAUAAAUAAGUA